AUGGACUCCACGUUCGGAAAAGUCUUCAUGUUCCUUACGGAACUCGCCUGGAAGAGUCGUCUCACUAUUCCCGUUCUGGUCACCACUGCAUUUCUCGUUAUGGAUAUCCGCCUGCAGAUUGAGAUCAACAUUCAGUCUGGGCAAUUUAACGCCAGUGAUCUGGAGGAUGCAGAAGAUGGCCUCGACGAUCAGUUUGGUGGGCACGAUCACGGAACGGACGACGAGAGCGGCAGUGACAGCUACACGGAUGAGGAGUACAACAGCGAGUACACCAAUGACGAUGGGAACAACAGCGAAACGUCUCACUACAGCCUCGACAUUUACGACCCUUGGGGGUCAGAAGACGAAGUCGACGCUACCUAUUCGCGGGAGAUGCAGUUCUAAGCUACAAUAUAAAUUUUAUGCGUAAGCGGAAGUAACUAGCUUUAUUUUAUGUACAUAUACUCAGUAGUAACGAAACCCUAUUUAUCCAUUUCAUGCAGUCGUAAUUAAACAAUCGUAGUUAAGUGCAA